UUGUGCGUAUGUAUAGGAGAACUAUUGAACACACAUGCUGGAGCUUUGAUUGCUGUCGAGCUGCAAUGCAUCGCACGAGGAAAACCGAGACGAUAUGGAAUUGUCUGCUUGCCAACGAAGGACGACCUGGACAAGAUUAGAAAUCGGCACAAAAACGGUCCAGUUAGGAUUGAACAAGAGCCACGUGUUUCUCGUGCAGAAGCGGAGGAGAACUCAAUGGAGUCUGAGCAAGCAAGCUCCGUGAAGGCUGAUAUAUGGAAAGAUGUUGUAUCGUUAGAUCAGUCAUCACGCGAGAAACCCAUCUCAUUGAAGAACCUAUUCCCUGAUAACAAGGUUGUUGACAGAACGCUGAAGCGAAAGAUCGCGAAUCGGAAGAAAAAGGAAAGCGCAAAACGACGUCGCGUGAAUAGAGAAGAGCGCCUAAGAGAAUUGAAUGAAGAAAAGGAGGAAAAGGAGAAAGUUCCCCAUAGAGAGUCAGCGAACAGACUGAUUAUUGGUCGAAUAGUACGCGGCUCAAUGAUACGGUGGUUGUCACGACUGGGUUCACCGAGCCCGUCGCCGAACUCAUCGGCAAUCAGCGAGUCACCUCGUAAAGAGUCGGUAUCAGAGAGCUGGAGCGUUGCGUACGCGUCCGAUCCCUCUGAAUGGGAACGGAAAUUCGGUGAGUGUUGGAAUGUGGCGGAGAAGAUACUCGAAAAGAAAGCGAGUCAUCCAGAGCAUGAUAUUACCUAUAACGAGAUCUGCUGGCCUCUGGAAGUCAUUUUAUGGACCAAAUUACAUUCGAAAGUCAUUAUUAGCUCUGGUCGAAUAUACGAGCUGAUCGUCUCGGAGAGUCAUACUCAGAAUCAUUGCCUUCUCGUUCAUAAACCGAUCCUAAAUCCGCUGCUACGGCUGUUUGAUUGGUGUGAACGUGCAGAAGGACUCCGGCCCAACAAAUUAGGACAUCCGUCGGCUACGGAGAAACAUUUUGUUGUGCUUUUGAAUCAGGUAAGCGAGUGUGCUUUUGGCUUUCAACUGAUUAUUGGUCGAAUAGUACGCGGUGACUUCUCCUUUUACGCAGCCUGUGGUCGAGCUCUGUCCUACGUUCCUCUAUGCACACUUGAAGAUGUGCUUAGCUCUGGUCGAAUAUACGAGCUGAUCGUCUCGGAGAGUCAUACUCAGAAUCAUUGCCUUCUCGUUCAUAAACCGAUCCUAAAUCCGCUGCUACGGCUGUUUGAUUGGUGUGAACGUGCAGAAGGACUCCGGCCCAACAAAUUAGGACAUCCGUCGGCUACGGAGAAACAUUUUGUUGUGCUUUUGAAUCAGAUUUGUACAAAAUUAGCUGAAGAUCGUACAUUACUACAUUUCUUCUUCUCAUGUGCAGAGGGUGCUGACCAAUUUGUCGUCUUUUCGCUCCUCAUCCCGUACCUGUACGAGCAGAACGAUGUUGGCCAGUUGGCUCGUGAUGCUCUUCUCCUCAUCCUCUCCGUAUCAGCGAAUCAUGAGCAAAUAGCGGAAUUUGUUGCUUAUAAAAGUGCCUUUUGUCCUGUGGUUGCUACUGGUCUUUCUGGAUGUUUCUCUCAAUUAAGUCGUAUUAUUGCUGGUGAUGGAGUGGAGAGGUUUCUUCCUGAACAUACGGCUGAAUCACUCGCUAAUUUUCAUUCCUCAUUACUUUUCUGUAAUGCAGUUGUUCAGGCUGCACAUCCUGCUGUUGUUGAGCAGAUAUGCAGUUUCUUCUAUUCGGGAUUUCUGAUCUCCGUUGUGAAGCCAGCACUUCUGCAGGAUGAGCAGGAAAGUGUCGCGGCGGCUACGGUAUAUCUCCAGUUGUGUAUAGAAACAGUCACGGAACCAUCUCUCCUGCGCACGGUCAUCAGAAUGCUUCUGUUGGAGAGAGACGAUGAGCGCCGGUUACUUAUCGAAGUGAUAGUAGGCCGAAUUGCAAAUGGAGAUAAGCUUGGAGUCGUUUCACUGUCUCUUCUCGAUUCCCUUCUGCAGAUUGGCUGCGAAGAUCUAAUGCUAGUACUAAUUCUUCGGCAUCUACUGUCUAUGCAGAACCUGACACGUGCCCAACUGAGUAAAGUGCGCGAUCGUGCUCAAGCUGUAGCGUCUGCUGAAAAACUGCUGGAAUGUGUACCGAUCUGUAUGCUCAGCUUCCCUGAGAUUUGUUCGGAGGAUACAUUGGCUUUGUACAUGCACGAAGGAGCACAAUUGGUGGAGCGACGAGUUCGCUCUUGUACAGCGUGGAAGUGGCGAUAUGACGGAGUGACUCCGAGCCCGGUGCUUUUUCGUGGUGACAGUGAUGAGGAACCGAAUUCACAUACGCCGUUCACCCGUUUGUCAUCGUGCAGAUCGUCCAUGUCGUCAGCAUCAUUCGGCCUGAACAGGUAUUUCGCCUCGAAGAACUCCCAUCUCACUUCUGAAUCCACUUUAGGAGGUGGUGAGUUAAUCAAUUUUUUAAAUUCUAUUUCUUAUGAGGCUAAUUAUGCAAUAUGUGAAGCACGCACAGGUUUCCUUGCUGAGCUUGGUGGAUCCGCAUCUCAUUCUCUUGAUGGUAGUGUAAGUCCUGUGGAAGAGGAUUCCGAAUUCAUUCUUCCACCGAUCAAGGAUCGCGACCGUAUAUUAGCUCAAAGAGGUCCUUUUUCCAGCACCUCAUCCAUCAUGUCUUCAUCCAUGGUCGAUUACUUCCAAUUGUGUGAUGAUUUGUCAGAAAGUGAAGAGUCUCCAAGUAGUUCUGAACGAAAGGAUCAAGACCUUCAAGUCAUUGGAAAGAAGAUUUCAUGUCAGAAACAGGAUUCCAUCUCCGAGCCUGAAUCAGCAGCAACUGGACAAGGGUUCGAUACCGAUGCGGAAAUGGCGAGGUCAUUUGUGCUUAGUGGAUGGGCUGAUGUAGAGGAUCUGGACACCUUCAUAUCUCUCCUGGAUCGGCGGUCUGUUCCCACUAAACAGAAGAUGUCAUCAGCUGAAACUAUGGCUUUCAUUGAUUCAAAGCUGCAAUACAUGAGAGAGAUGGAAAGUGAAAAGACGGAGGCUCCACAAAAUGAGACCACAGUGAAGGAAAGGGAACCAGUGGUACCUGUACAUGGGCAGCCGAUCGAAGGUGGAGCAGACAGCUCCCUUCUCCUUGAAUGCUUGCUGACGCAACUUGAGGAAAUGUCGGACCAUUCGCUUGCCUUCAACUUGCAGUUGGCGAAUGUACUGUGCUCGUUAGCAGCAUAUCCACAACCGCUAUUGGUAGCCAGUAUUUUCAAUACUAACGCCAAUAGUAAAGUCCCUGAUUUACUCAAGGUUAUCGAAAGAAAUCCCGCGAGAAGAUGCCUUCGCUCCCGUUACCCCUACUCACUGGACGUCCCCCCACUCCUUGGCUCGUCUGGAAGGAGAUCACAUGGAAUCAGGACCACAGUCACAACGCGGCCCGCGGUCGAAUCUGAGGCGGCAGCUCGUGACGAUGCAGCGACGAAGAACAUCGUACACGCUGCAAUCGUGAUGGCAAAUCUGUGCCAAUACCUGGCUGGAAUUGCUUUACAGCAGUCAAUUGUGGUUGUCAGUAAUCCAGUGCGCUGA